AUGCCUCUGAACAAUAUACUUAAAGUCGAAUUAUUUGACGUUUGGGGCAUCGAUGUUAUGGGACCUUUCCCACUAUUUUGCAGUCAACAAUACAUCCUACUGGCAGUAGAUUACAUAUCAAAAUGGGUGGAAGCUGUGGCUUGUGCCAAAAAUGAUGUGGCGACUAUUUCCAAGUUUCUCACCAAGAACAUUAUCACACGCUUUGGAACGCAAAGAGCACUGGUGAGUGACAAAGGUACGCAUUUCAUUAACCGCCUCAUUUCAAAAUUGCUUGCCAAAUACAAUGUCAGGCACAAGAUCGCUACCGCAUACCACUUGGAAACCAACAGUCAAACUGAGGUAUCUAAUCGGGAAAUAAAAUCAAUAUUGGAAAAGGUCGUCAACACAUCACAUAAAGAUUUGGCACAGAGGCUGGACGAAGCACUUUGGGCCUACAGAACUUCCUACAAGACUCUCAUAGGUAUGUCUCCAUACUUCUUGGUAUUCGGAAAAGCCUGUUACUUACCCCUGGAGUUGGAAUACAAAGGUUUUUGGGUAGUUAAGAAGCUGAAUUUAAACUUGGAAGCUGCGGGCGAUCAACGCAAGCUUCAGCUGAAUGAGCUUGAGGAAUGGUGGUUGAACGCAUACGAGAAUAGCAAACUCUACAAGGAGAAGACUAAACGUUGGCAAGACCAACGCAUCAGUAAGAAAGAGUUUGUUGUUGUGCAAAAAGUUUUAUUAUUCAAUUCACGAUUACGUUUGUUCCCAGGAAAAUUAAAGUCAAGAUGGUCAAGACCAUUCAUCAUCAAAACAAUCUUUCCUCAUGGAGCUGUAGAGUUGACGCAAGAAGGUGGCACAAAUACAUUCAAGGUAAAUGGGCAAAGAGUGAAGCCCUACUUUCAAGAUGGUGUACAAUGA